GGACCGGGGAGCAUCAGAUGCUCUCGAAGGCUAUUUUUUCAGAACAAGACGACUACCACAGUAGCUUAUCAGUCACCAUACAUAUACGACCAUUUCACAACUACUUUGAGUAAUUUUUAUGAUAUUUUCAUAGCCACUCUUGUGCUCCAAACAUGAUUAGCUCUGCUUUGAAUUUGCGGAAAACUCAAUUGGGCUGUCGCACCACAAAUAUGGAUACAAAGCGGAGUGUUAGCAAACAUCUCCAGACAGUUUCCAACAUCAAUUGCAAAUGUCAUUUCAAACUAGCACAACAUGUGAAAGAUAUUAAGCAUGAACUCAUGGUGAAGAACAUGGGACGUGGUUUGAUCAUGGUAGACGUUGUUCAAAGGUUAGGGAUUGAUUAUGCGUUUGAAGAAGAGAUUGAACUUGUCCUCGACAGCCAGUAUAAGGCAAUGGAUCAAGUUGAAGAUUUAUACUUUGUUUCACUUUGUUUCCGACUGUUCAGACAACACCACUACUAUGUGUCUGCAGAUGCUUUUGACAAGUUCAUUAACAACAAGAGGGAGCUAGAGAUAGCAGGCAAUAGUAAUGAGGCGUUGAUGAGCUUAUAUGAAGCGUCUCAGCUAAGAAUUGAAGGGGAAGGCGUUCUUGAUGAAGCCGAAUUCCUCAGCCGCCAACUUCUGGAGGAAAGAAUGAAGUUUCUUGAUUAUGACCAGGCUAUUACUAUAAGGAAUACCUUAUCUCAUCCCUACCACAAAAGUUUUGCAAGGAUUAGUGGAAAGCAUCUUCUCGGAAAUGUAUUUGACAAUGAGUAUGGAAAGGCCUUGCAGGAACUAGCAACUAUGGAUUUAACUGUUAUGCAAAUUAUACAUGAGAAAGAGUUAAGUACAUUCUCAAGGUGGUGGAAUGGCUUAGGAUUGGCACAAGAGUUGAAAUUAGUGAGAGACCAGCCUCUGAAAUGGUAUAUGUGGACUACGGCUCUGCUGACAGAUCCCAGUUUUUCUGAGGAGAGAAUCGAGCUAGCAAAACCUAUUUCACUUAUCUACAUCAUAGAUGAUAUUUUUGAUCUUUAUGGGACCAUCGAUGAACUCACUCUUUUCACUGAAGCUGUCAAUAGGUGGGAUAUCGCGGCUGCUGAGCAACUUCCAGACUACAUGCAGAAGUGUUUCCUCUCUCUGCUUAACAUCACUCAUGAGAUUGGAUACAAGAUUUAUAAGAAAUACGGACUGAACCCCAUAGACUACUUGAAGAUAUCGUGGUCCAAAUUGUGCAGUGCAUUUUUAGAUGAAUCAAAAUGGUUUUUUUCGGGGCAUUUGCCACGAGCAGAAGAGUACCUGAAUAAUGGAAUUGUUAGUUCAGGGGUGCACGUCGCCCUAGUACACUUGUUCUUUCUCAUAGGAGAUGGUUCGACAAGAGAACAAGCUGAUCAAUUGAUAAAUAGCGAUGCUAGUAUGUUAUCAUCUACAGCAGCCAUUCUUAGACUCUGGGACGAUUUGGGCAGUGCCAAGGAUGAAAAUCAGAAAGGCCAUGACGGGUCAUACGUGACUUGCUACAUGAAAGAACAUCAAGAAGUUUCGGUUGAAACUGCCCGAAAACAUGUUGAGAACAUGAUUUCUGAUACAUGGAAACGUCUGAACAAGGAGUGCUUUUCUCCAAAUCCAUAUUCAAAAACUUUCAUUAAAGGGUGUCUGAAUCUGGCAAGGAUAGUGCCACUGAUGUACAAUUAUGAUGACGAUCAGAGCCUUCCACAGCUUGAGGAGUAUAUGAAGGGCAUGUUUCUUUGACCUCUAAAUAGAUCCAAGUUCUAUGGAGAUCAUAAAUAUUUGGAGUUUUGGAGUCCUUUAUCUGGAUCAUUCAUUUCUUUCCAAUCUAAGCAAGACUUUUUCCAAAGCAAGUUAAUAUUUUGACAGAAUAAUCUGGAUACUUAGCUUCUCCUGUAUAAGCUAUCUGUGAAACUGUAACUGUCACUUGCUAGCAGGUGACAUCUCCAGAUGUUGCUUUUUCCGCUCAGGCGAGUUUAUUAA